AUGUCUGUCGUCAGGAAAAUGGACCGGAAAAGCGGCCAAGUCUACGAGGAACAAGCCAUGGCCCCGGCGCCAUCUUCCUGCAUGGGCUCAUCCUGGGUUCACGAGAGCCCAUUUCUGUCCACGGGGCCAAAUACGAGAGGCGGAACGGGCUCGUCGACCUUGAAAGACUCUGCAAAGAGGCAGCUCUUGUCUGAUCAACGGAAUCUGACGGCCCAGCUGUUUACUGACAUCCCAUGGCGCAUUGCCAGUCCGCUGUGGGAUUACCUAGGUCGACAUAAAAGCAGGACCUUGUACAUGUGGAAGGUGUUUGCAACAGCAUAUCCCAGCCAAUUUAGGACAGUGGCUCCGUACCGGGCCGUCAAGAUCAGAGAGCCCCAGAUGUCCUUGCGGGACUACUUGGGCUUGAUCAGGAGUGAGUCUCUGAGCUGGCGAACCAUGCUGGUUUUGGACACAUCGAUUGCGCGAGUCCCUGAACUGGUUGAAAUUGCUAGCGUCAAGAAUCUUGUGGCGCUGGAGAUCACUACACCACGGGACAUCUUGUCUGUGACUGAUAAUUCGAACAUGCGGGUGGCAUCAUUGAGUGACAGGAUUGUUCGCACCUGGUCCGAAUUGGCAGAGUCUUCGGGCGCAUUCUCCCAACUGCGCAUCCUGAGGUUGUAUAAUCAACAUGAUGUUUCAUCAGUGAUACUGCGCUACCUCGGCGCUUUCCCGAGCCUUUGCCUCGUCAUCGCGCAGGAUUGUUCCAAUCUUAUUGCUAGCCUCCCAACAAAAGAUCUUCAUGAAGAUGGAUGGGAGAUGGGAUACCCACGGUUUGGGGCGGACGUUGAGCAAGGGGACGUAUCAGAAGCUCUUACACUCUACGAACGCUAUAAAGCAAGUCUCGCGCCGGAGAUCGAUGGACGUCAAGCAAGGCAAGAAAUCCUGAUUCAAGAUUGCCCUGUUUUGGACUUUCGACUUGGCAAAGAUCCCAGUGCAGGACCGAAAACACGCCAUAAUGCUAAGCCUCGAUCUACGAUAUACCUACAGCGAAGAAGAUCCCCCGAGUCUAGACCAUUAGAGCCGGUACCGAAAAGGCAAAAGUUGGCAGGUAAGUCGGUUCAUCGGACGUCACAGCCAAGCUCUGGACCCAAGAAGCCGGUGAUGAAGCAGCACAAAACCAGAGAUCUGGGAGAUGUCCUGGGGGACUUUCUCUGA